GACACUCUCGUAGCACCGAACCACCAAUCGAGUCUUCUAUGAAGCCUUGCCGGAUCUGCUUGACGACCACUUCGGAAUCACCUUCGACUAUCACGUGAGUCAAAGAUCUUCAGUUGAUGAUGAAAAAAGCAUCUCUAAUGGAAUGGAGCUCUGCCAGGGAAGGGUUGACUAUUCCUUGAUGAUGUAACCUGAACGCCAACACCACAUGUCCGUAUGAUCCAAGAACAACAAGCCCAGACGAACACCCGGUGGCACAAACUGCAGCGUCGAAAUUGAUCUUCAAGUAAUCGUCUGGCGGUUGGACCCAUGUGGUGGUUGGAUGGUUUGGGAAGAGAGUUGUGGGGUUCGGGAGGGAGGAGAGCGUUUGAGAUAUCAAGGACCUGGUUGUAGAAAUGUCUGGCUAGGGAACGGACAUGAGGUUGGUAGAAUUCAAAAAUCACUUUAUUUCUAGACUUCCAGAUUCUCCAAUUUAAGCAGACGCAUUGGAGAAUGUGGAAUGGGGAGGUCUCAGAGACCAUGACAUGUCGCCACCAUAAACUAAAGUUAACAGUCAGGGUGGUCUCAAUAAAGUUGCUCAAUCCCACUAAAGUCCACAAUCUGGUGGCUAGGGGGCAUCCGAAGAAUAAAUGUUCAAUACUUUCUCGACUAUCCUUUUUCGAUUUGAGGCCAAAGCUUAUUCAUGAGUCAGGUGAUAACCUUAUUUGACUAUUUCUAAAGAAAUAAGAAACCAUAGUUGAUGCACUAAGGAAGAAUUCAUCUUUUGAAAUUGUAGAACAUGUGAUUAAUACCAUUAAUGACAUGAAUUCUUGGCAAUAAGAAUGUGACUAAACAAUAAAUAGGCCAAUUAAUUGUUACCUACAUAAUAAAUAGUGCCGUUUUCAGCCAAAUCCAGGCCGUUCAAUGGUGGUUAAGAGCCACUGUUAACUUGCUAAGCUUCCGCCCACUUAGAACUAAAAUAUAUGUUAGAACAAAAAUAAUAAUCACAUUAAAGAUGACAUUUACUAUUAAAACAUAAAUGCAAACCAAAAUAAUUGCAUUAAGAAACUUAUUAAAGUGGAGUAGUUAAGGACUCAUAUGCACCAAAUAAUGAGUGCCUUAACCAUGCCUCUGUCCGUUACACUCCGGUCCUAAACGGACAUGAAAGAGCAAUAAUUAUAUUUUUACUUCCACACGAAGGAGACGUAACUACAGGACUUGCCGGAGAAACCAAUUCGCCGGAAAACCCAUGAACCACGUACUUACCAGACGAGAAUAUCUCCGGCGCCACAAUGUCAACUCCGUUGACUCGCAGUCUCGCCGCCGUGACAUUCAAUUUAGUGAAUAUACCAGUCUUUAUUAACUCGAGAUCCUGACCUGGUAGCAGAGUCUUCAACGGCGAUUUAUCUGGCAAUGCGACGAGCUUCUUGUACUAAAUCCUUCGAGGCAGAAUGUGAAUUCGGAUUAUCCUGAUGAGCAUCGGAGAAGAAGAUGCGACGGACCCGAAAUCCGGUGGACUGAAAACGGUGACGGAAUCCAAGUGCCAGUAAUGGUCAAGAAUGCCGUCAAGAACAGAGUUCAAUCCGACUGUGAGACGAAUCCCUUAGAGCUCAGCGAUCGGAUGAUUUUGGGCCAGUAGCCCAAAUCCCUAAAACCGACGGAAUCGGUUCCGUCCCUCCCGGCGUGCUCGACGGAAUCCAGUGACGAGAAUGGCUCGAGGACGCCGUGAAUCACGAGGGACCCAUCGAUGACGACGUCGGUAUGGGAAAUCUUGACGUGAUUGAUCUCCGCCGCACGACCUUUCGCAUCGAUUAUGGUGAGGACGUGGUCCUCGGGUCUCUAGUUGCUGACGAUACUCAUUUGCUUUUCUGUGUGCCUCGAAUCUUUCAUGCGAACACUUUUCUUUUCUUGCAAGUUCUAGUAUCUUUAAUUGCAUUUAAUCCCACACAAUAUUGUUUUCCUAGAAUAAGGACAUACAAAAAUUCAAUAAGUAAUUAGGGAAACUUAAAAAAAUAUAAUGUCAACUAAAAAUAAUACAUUCAGUCGAAAACCACUACAAAUACAUUUUUUAUUAGGGAUUGCACAUAUCAUAUCAUAUAUAUAUAUAUAUAGUGACUACUUCGGUGCACUCACAAAAAUGAGUGCGUUCAAUGCACCCAACUCAAAAACUAGUCUUAAGGUGUCGGAUUUUGAAUUUUAAUUUGUAGAAUUAGUGUAAUAUGCUGAUAUAACAUAUGAUAAAAACUAAUUAGUGGAUACCCUAAGUCCUAGACCUCCAAUUUUGAGUUCUAUCCCUAAACCCAGUUUGUAAACCCUAACCCUAAAUCUCUAAACCUAGUUUGUAAACCCUAACCCUAACCCUAACGCGAACAACUGAGUUGUCAUAAUGUAGAUUCACCUGUGAUAAAUUGAGGAGAGCCAUGACUGAUAUCAAACAGUGAAGUAGAGCGAUUAGCUGCCACUUCAAGCAAAUAACCUGCCAAAGAAAUGUCUUUCCGGUACCUCCCGAACCAUCAAUGAAGAAUGUUUUCCAUUAGUCACCAUAAGUAGAGUCCGUAAUGAAAUCAUAUGCUAAUCUUUGCUGGGAGUUUCACUUGGUCACUUUAUCCUCAAAUUGACGAUGAAGAUCUUCAACAUUGUAACUAAGUUAUGCUACAAUCAUUAUGUUAGUUGAACUUGCCAAAUUCGGAGAAGCCACAAAUGACAAACCAACAAUAUUUGAAAGAGAUUUGUGUCUUGCUAGAAGUCUUUUUUUUAUUUAAAGCAAGUAACAGUCUUUUAUCUGACCCACUCUCAUAACCAAGUCAGGCAUGUUCGUCUCCAUUAAACAGUUGUGCAAGAUAUCAUAAGAUAAUAAUUGCAAGUUGGUGACCCAAAGACCUCCAAUGUUUGAAACCUGACAAUGGGUGAAGAUAGUGACAAACAAAUCUCUAAGUUUAUACCCAGAAGCCUAAAAUUAUGCCUCUUUCAAACAAUCAUACCACUCAUUAUCUUCAGCUAACGAUCCAUGAGCAUAACAUGCCUCCUCGAAAUACUGAUGCACAACUCCAAUGACUGUAUUUUAUCUCGUCAAAACUAGUACACCCUCAGACAUGCAACAACAUGUAGCACAUUCAAAAAUUGGAUUCCCACUUGUGCCAGAUAAUUGCUCUACUCCAGUGUUUGAUAUCAAUCAUGGCUCUCCUUAGUUUAUCCUGAAUGAAUCUGCAUGAUAACAACUCGGUUGUUCGUAUUAGGCUUCUUCAUUUAUGGAAGACAAUGAGGCCAGAUGGUGUGACAAUUGACCAACUCCAUAUGUUGUUUGUGGAAUACUAGGUAUCAUUGUGGCCGACUCGCCAUUUUGUUUGAGGUGUACAGGUUGUCCAGAGACAGUCCUUCACAUCCUUCGCGAUUGCGCCCCUGCUAUGUAUUUUUGGGCGAGACAGGUCCCUCAGCAGCAACAGAAUGAGUUCUUCAGUUGGAAUCAUGAGGAAUGGUUCAGGAGGAAUAUGUUGAGUAAAGAGUCUACGACGUCGGGCAUAAGCUGGCCUGGUUUUUUCAGUAUCGCCAGCUGGUUAUUGUGGAAGAACCGUACCACUGCGUCUUUUAAGGGUGUGGGUUCAGCUCUAUCGGCUCCGUCGCUCACACAUUCAAUUACCACUAAGAGCAAGCUGUGGACGGACUCUUGGAAUGCGUCGGACCUGCUUUCAAGUCACCGGAACAGACGUGCGGAGCGAGUGGUGGCGGACAUUGGGUGGAGUCCUCCAAGUCAGGGGUGGGUAAUGGUGAAUACUGACGGUGCUUCGAAUGGCAACCCAGGGGCGGCCGGAGCAGGGGGAGUGAUCAGGGAUAUGAUGGUUAACUGGCUAGGCGGUUUCGUCGUGAACAUCGGCACAGCAACGGCAGCGCUGGCGGAACUGUGGGAAGUUUAUCAUGGGUUAGAGCUGGCUUGGAAGCUCGGGUUCCGAGUGGUGAAGUUCGCUUCGGAUUCUCAGUUAGCAAUUCAGCUCAUUCAGGAUCGUCAUGAUCCCAUUCAUCCUUAUGCUACUUUGUUGGGUCUCGUCCGUAGGAAGCUCAGUCAGGAUUGGUUGGUCAACCUGUCUCAUACAUACCGCGAAGGGAAUAGAUUCGCGGACUGGCUCUCGAAGCACAGUCUCGUCUAUCCCUACGGGAUGCAUGAGUUGGCUGAUCCGCCUCCAGGGGUCGUACCGCUUAUUAGAGACGAUAUGAUGGGGGUUACUUUUGAACGCCGGAUUGUGGCGAAUUUCCCUCCUUCCAGCUCUUGAUCUUCUCCCUCUGUAACUGGUUUUCCUGCUUCUUUGGCUCCGGCCUCCUUGUUAUGCAAGAAAAAAAAAAAAGACCAACUCCAUAUGUUGUUUGUGGAAUACUAGGUAUCAUUGUGUACAAAGAUUACAUAUCUUUGCACUAGCUAAUCUAUAGUCGACCGUACACUAUAAAACAUUUUAACUUAA